AUGCAGUCCCUACAAGGAAUCAAGUAUGGUGCUGAAAAGGAGACAGGAGGCAGUGGAGGGGACAGCAACAGCAACAACAGCAGCAACAGCAAGAAUAGCAACAAGAAGAGCAGCAGCAGCAACAGAGUAUCUGGUUGUGGAUUUGCUGCUGCAGUAAGGGGACUGGAGUGCAGCAAGGAGACAGCAGAAAUAUUAGAGAAAUAUUUACAUCGUUUAUCUACUCGGGUGUCUAGGGAGAUAAAACAUUUGCUGCUGCGGUGGGUGCAGCAAGCCCUAGAUUGCUGCGAGCUUGCUGCUGCAUGCCGCAUGCAUGUACAUUUGCUGCUGCUAAGAAGAGACACUUUAUGGGAAGAAUUAGAUCUAGAGACAGUUACGGAGACUGUCUCCUCUUUAUUCUUCUUAUUUGCUCAUCAUCCUUUUGCUGCUGAUUUACCUGGUGGGCCUCUCUCGCUGCAGCUGCUGCAGCUGCAGCAGCAGCAGCAGCAGCAGCAAGGGGGGGUAGGACGUCUAGGCAGCAGCAGCGGCAGCGGCAGCAACCUUAUGGCAUCUGCGUCACGUAGCGGUCUUGGUGGUGAUGGUGUUGGUGGUGGUGCUGCUGCAACAACAGCAGCAGGAGGAUCAGGAGACACUGCAGCAGCAGCAGCAGCAGCAGAACCAUUAGGUGUCUCCGAUGCAGAAAUAUUUCAGCUGCUGCAGCAGCAGCGGCUGCUGCUAAUUAGUUGGCUAAAUAAACAUCCAGAGGCAACAGGGACAGUAUUGGAGACAGUUAUACAGCGGGUAACUUUUUCUGGUACAACUAUGAGUACAGUUCGUGCUGCUGCUGCUGCUGCAGCAGCAGCAGCAGCAGCAGCUGAACAAGGUCAAGUAGUAUCUGAUGCUGCUGCUGAUGCUGCUGCACUUCCUCCUGCUGCUGCUGCACAACUUAUAGGAGGAGACGCUGAACUUGCAGACCCAGAUAAGUUUAUUGCUACAGGAACACCACAAGCAGCAGCAGCAGCAGCAGCUGCUGCUGCUGCUGCAGCAACAGGAAGUGAUGCCCAAGGUGUAGCAGCAGGAACAAGACAAUGGAGGGCUGUUACUGGCCUUGGUGUCUCCGGCAGAUAUAUUCCUGCUGCUGCUGCUGCAGCAGCAGCAGCUGAAGAUGAAGAGGAUGGAGAGACAGGAGACAACAGCAACUCUGCUGCUGCUGCAGCUGCUGCUACGAAGGACUUAGCAGCACAACAGCAACAGCAGCAGCAGCAGAAGCAGGAAGGAGUAGGCCUGUUGCGCGGUGCUGUAGUAGCUAUGCAUGCAGCAGUUAAGCGCAGUACAUUAAGAUUAUUAGGUGGCUAUACACCCCAACCUGCUGCUGCAGCAGGAGCAGCAGCAGCAUAUGCUAAUUAUCUUAAAUCAUGUCUUGAGGUCAAAUCAGAAGUACAGAUAAAUCUACAG